AUGUCGUUCUCAUACGAGCCUCAAGGAUGGCAGGCGCCGGUUCGGCAGCCUUCGUGGGAACAACCGCCUCCACCAUCAAGAUCAGGCGCCAGCUCCACCUCUCAACGCGAAGAUGGCAACGCUUUUGCCAUUCAAUUCGAAGAGGUUGAUAGGGCAAUGGACAAUCUUCUCAAAAGUGGCAAAUUUUACGGCGGCGGCGGUGGUGGUGGUGGUGGUGGUGGACAACGCCCAAUGCCAGGCGGCCCGAUGCGCCCAGGGGUGGACUAUGGUCCCCGAAUGCACGGAGGCCGCCAUCCUGUUGGCGACUUUGACCCCUCGCGUCCACACCCGGGCUCGAAUCUCCAGAACUUUUAUGCCGCGCAAAGGCAUCAAGGCCGUCACAGCGAUGCCGAUCAAAUGAUGCAAGCUAAAAGGAGGAUGGCAGCUCAGCGCGAGCGUGAGCUUCGCAACUAUCACCAAGAACAGCAAUACAAUCGGAGUCUACUGGCAGAAAUGUCGUCCAACAAAUCCGAUCGUUCAAUGAGCCCUAGCACAUUGAGUGAGGAAGGUCGCCGGGAGCUGAUUGCUCGUCAGCAUCGCGCGUUGUACGGCGGUGAUCCCGCGGCUUUUGUGGGACAAGUGCCGUUUUCCACCGAGGACACCAACCGAGAUCAAGGGGGGCCGGUCUCGGGCAAUGCACCCGGGGCUCCUCGUGGCCCUUCUCCUCGCACCUCUGAUCCUUUUGGCGGGCCAGGUCAGGCCUCGCAAGGUGACUCCGGUUCUCAGGGCCCGUCCGCAGGUGCGGAAGCUUCUCGUGCUGAAAAGGCAACAUCUCCAUCCGCGCAAUCUUCGGGUUUCGGUACGUUUGAUGGUUCCAUUCAAGCUUCUGGCAAGGUGCCCACGCCACCGACUGGUGAAGAGCCAUCGCACUCACGGCAGAUUUCCAAAUCCACCACGGCCCCCGUCAGUGGCGGCAUGGGGCCAAUUGGCAGCCGUCCCAAUGUGCAACAGGCACCUAACCAAUCGAUCAACAAGCGCACGACGUCCCCUCUGCCUUCUUCUUUGGGAUACGGGUUCGGCUCUAAUGAACAAAAUGCUGAUCGCGCAGGAUCGGCCAACUCGAACUCGAAUGCGCAGAAAGAGUCAUCGAAUUCCGGAAUAGGUGCUUGGGGGACAGGCAGCGGAGUUUGGGGGUCCAACAAGAUCGGUACAACCUCAGUUUGGGGUUAA